AACAUCUUCAUCAGUCUGGCAUCAUUUAAAUAAUGCUUCAUUACGUACGGUAUCUGAUGUGAAAUUGAAUUAGACAAAUUGAAUUAGAUUCACAUCGAUGACUUACACGGUGAGUCAUCUGUGACGAUGAACAGGCAAUUUGAGGUGCACACAUGCCUGAACUUCCUUUUAAUGGAAUUUAUUAUUGUCCAAUGAACAAGAGGGAACUCUAAAUUUCAAUUUUGGUUAUGCCAAUCACAGGGCAGCAAUCAUCAAAUACACUAGGAUAUAUAUAUUUUUUUAAAAUACAGAACAGCAGACUCAUGCUGACUCCAAAUGUUAUAUAAAAAAGUGCACAAUGUAUGCUUAGGGGGCAAUUCUUGUCAAGCAGCAUCGUAAUGAUAACAUCAGUGUGUGUGUUGCGUUUGUUAUGAACAUUAAUGAGCAGGUCGUGGGGGAGGACAAAUCGUUACCAGAAAUGAGAAUUGAGUGUAGAGGUAGUAUAAAUAUGUGAGACCACCGUCCUUCCGAGGGCAUUGACGAGGAGACGCAGCAAGACGACAAUUGUUUUAUUGAGCGGCUUUAAGUGAUGGCAACAGGACGUACAUUCUUGGUGUAUGUGGUCCUUAUCGGUGUCAGCGUGCCCUCGUGUUCGCUUUAUACCAGCGGGGAGUGCUUCUUCAACACCAAAGGGAGCUGUGAGUACUUAGGUCAGGUGUAUGGGACAGGAGAACGUUGGAUUACCGCUGACUGUCACCAGUGUGUCUGCAUGGAGCCUUUUGGAGUCGGAUGCUGUGAUCACAGCUCCAAGCCUGUGGACUAUCCUGAGUGGUGUGACAUCAUCCGCAAACCUGACUCGUGCACCAGUGUGGUGGUGAUGAGAGCCAAUCACAAGCUGCCCUGCUUGUGGGGACGAGGUCGCCUCCAACCUGUUGCAGGCCUCCCCUGGAAGUCUGAUAAUGAUCCCAUGUUUUGAGUUCAAUAACUUACAAAAAAAAGACUAUCAAUAUUUAUAUACACUAGUAUUACAACGUGAUAUUGUAUUAUUAUUUUUUGUUUAAUAGCAUUGAUAGUCAGUUGCUGUUAUCACCAAAAUAGGUGCGAAAGUCUUCAUUUGUCUACAUGACUGUAUUUUACUACCCGCCCACAAACAUUUCAAUUUGUUACAUUAUUUGUACUUUUCUAUCCAUCUAUUAAUUGAAUUUUGCUAAACGUUAAAAAAAUAAUAAUCUUUGGAGUGUUUUGAGUGUGCUCAUUGUACGAAUUAAACAUUCUAUUUCAAGGCAUUAUCGUAUUAGAUGAGAUAUUCCAUUCCAACUACGUACUACGUGUUUAUAUGUGUUGAUAUGCU